GUUCGCCUGCUCUCCGGCGGAGCUGCGUGAGGCCAGGCAGGCCCCCGGCCCCCCCCUUCCGGCCGCCCUCGCCUCCUGGCCCUCGCCCGCCAGCGCCUCCACCCGGCUGGCGGCCCCGCGUCGACGCCGUCCGCUACGCUGCUGACCCCCAUCUCGGGCGCCGUCGGCGGGGCCGCGCUCCGCCGGCCUGCGGAUUCCCCGCCGCCUCCUCUUCGUCUACCUCAACGCCCGUCCCGCUUCGCCCGAGGAGGCGGUUCCCCCCGCAGGCAGUCCGGCUCGCAGGCCGCCGGCGUUGUCAUCCCCCGCGCUCCCCCCCGGCCCUCCCCGGCGCGCAGCCCGGCCGCUCCCCCUCCUCGCUGCGUCCCGAGCGGCCCCGGCGCCGCCACCGCCACCCCCCCGAGGCCCGGGCUCGCGACGGCCGAGGGCUCCGUCGGCCCAAGCCGAGCUGGGCGCCCGCGGCCCGGGUGACGCCUCCGCUCCGCCCCCCUCAGCACCUUCCCCGGCCCCCGACGUUGCGCCCUUUCCUUGGCUUCUCUGCGCUCCCCGGCCCCUCUCCGGCCUCUGGUCCCGGCCCCCUGUCUUCUUCCGCAGCCUUCCCUUCGCUCCCUCCCGUCCCCCCCAGCUCCUUGCCUCCAACUCCCUCCCCUUCCACGCCCGCCCUCUCGCCUUCGCCGUCCCAAAGUGGAUUAAUUAUACGCUUUCUGUUUCUCUCUCCGCUGCUCUCUCCCGCUGUGAGCCUGCCCGCCUCUCGCUGUCCUCUCUCCCUCUCGCCCUCUCUUCGACCCCCCCUUUUUACGUUCACUCUGUCUCUCUCACUAUCUCUGCCCCUCUCUGUCCUUGAUACAACAGCUGACCUCAUUUCCCGAUACCCUUUCCCCCCCUAAAAGUACAACAUCUGGCCCGCCCCGGCCCGCAGACAGCCCGUCCUCCCUAAAGAAUCAGACAGAAAUUUCCCCCCCCCCCAAAAAAAGCCAUCCCCCCGUUCUGCCCCGUCGCACAUUCGGCCCCCGCGACUCGGCCAGAGCGGCGCUGGCAGAGGAGUGCCCGGCAGGAGGGCCUUCGCCCGCUGUUCGGUUUGCAAUACGCAGCAGGAAGGUGGGCGGCCCCGGUGCCGGCUUCCAGACAUCAAUGGGGAUCACAGCAGGAAAGUUGGUGCUGGUGCUUCUUGCCUUCUUGGCCUUCGCCUCGUGCUGCUAUGCUGCUUACCGCCCCAGCGAGACUCUGUGCGGCGGGGAGCUGGUGGACACCCUCCAGUUUGUCUGUGGGGACCGCGGCUUCUACUUCAGCCGACCAUCCAGCCGCAUAAACCGACGCAGCCGUGGCAUCGUGGAAGAGUGUUGCUUCCGAAGCUGCGACCUGGCCCUGCUGGAGACUUACUGUGCCACCCCCGCCAAGUCCGAGAGGGAUGUGUCUGCCUCUACGACCGUGCUUCCGGACGACGUCACCGCAUACCCCGUGGGCAAGUUCUUCCAAUAUGACAUCUGGAAGCAGUCCACCCAGCGCCUGCGCAGGGGCCUGCCCGCCUUCCUGCGAGCACGCCGGGGUCGCACGCUCGCCAAGGAGCUGGAGGCGCUCAGAGAGGCCAAGAGUCACCGUCCGCUGAUCGCCCUGCCCACCCAGGACCCUGCCACCCACGGGGGCGCCUCUUCCGAGGCAUCCAGCGAUUAGAAGUGAGCCAAAGUGUCGUAAUUCUGCCAAGUGGCACCAUCUACCUCGCGCCGUCCUCCUGACCGGGACCGCCCCACUAGGUCUCUCUCUGAAAUCCCUGUACCGUCCUGUCUGCGGGCUCCCCUGCCCCGGCCUCUGUGCCCCAACCUCCCCACGUCAGGCGAAUCCCCCUCGGCCCCCUCCAUCUGGCCGAGGGGAUCAGAACAACAUCUCUAAAAAUGUACAAAACCAAUUGGCUUUAAAUAUCCCCCCAAAUUAUCACCCCCCAAAUUACCCCCAAAUUAUACAACCAAAAUUGCAAUCAUGAACCCCUCAAUCAGCCCCCUUGAAACGAAUUGGCUUUUUAGCAACACCAGAAAAGCAAACUAGCUUUCCAAAAACUUCUUAAAAAAAAAAAAAAAUCAAUUGGCUGAAAAAAAUACUAAAAAUAAAUUGGCUUAAAAACAAUUGGCAAAAUAAAAGAAUUCGGCCCCCCCCCCUUCCUUCUCGUUCCUUUUGGAUCUGGACUUAAAUUGGCUUUGAUCUAAUCAUCUAAGAGAAAGGAAGGGGCCAAAUUUGCAGGUAGGCUUGUCCCUGCCGGCCAGCCAUCUCCCCGCCACUGUCGCCAGGCCCUCCCCGGGCACUGGCAGUGUGACAGCAAAGACCCAAACCUGCUCCUCCUCCAAGUUUCCAUCACUGGGACCCCAGAGCAGUGAGGGGACGCUGUGAGACCAGAGGAGGGGAGCACGGAGCAGAAACCCCGAAUCGCCCAGAUAAAGUUGAAUUGGCAAAACACCCCCACACUCCAAAAUCUGACAUCACAAUCCUUACCUUGGAAAGCACAUGCAACCCUGCACGCACACACACACACACACAUCCAUGCACGCACACGCACACACACACACAUCCAUGCACACACACACCCACAUCCAUGCACGCACACACACACAGCCUCACAUGCAUCCAUGCACGCACACACACACACACACACAUCCAUGCACGCACGCACGCACACACACACACACACACACACACUCUCUCUCUAGGGACACCCGUGCCCAGCCUUGUGCAGCUGAGACCGAAUUCCAUCCCAAAUUAUUCUCUAAGCUGCCCCGCGAUGCGGUUUUCCUGCUCCGUGCUCCCCUCUGGUCCCCUGGGAUACACCAUGGUGGGAAGGUGUGUCUCGGGCUCAGGCAGGUGGUUCCAUCUUUCCGAGAAGAGGAUGAUCCCCACCUCUUCUCGGCACCUGUCCUGACCCCACAGCCCACAGAAUGUAAGUCCUGGGUGCCCCCAGACCCCAGGGGCAUCCACGCACCGACCAUCGUGCAGAGCGAGGAACGGUUUGGCCAGGCGGGAGAUGGCUGCAGCCAAGCGAGACGAGCCCAACCACGUAGCCUGACCCCCUGGGUGUGCUCCUUCAAGAUCUGGGGAGCCCUCUCCCCCGAGCACACCUAGGGAUCAUCUUUGCCAGCCUCCUGGGGAAGCCUCUCAGAAAUGAGGGCCCCCCUGGAGGCUGGCAAAGGUGACGGGGAGUGUGGGAAGUUUGGAGGAUGGCGGGGUGGGUGGGGGGCAGUGGGGGCUGGGUGGGGGGACAUUCCGAGGCAGGAAGUGGUCCAGCAAGAUUUCGGAGAGAAACGUUCGGGGGGAAGGAACAGCGAGGCACUUGCAGAAUUACAGACGGAAAUCAGAACCCAAAUUGACGCCAAUUGAUCUAUCUCCCCUCUUUAAUUACUCCUGGGGCAUCUUUCCUUUUUUUUUUUUAUCCCUCCUUAGCUUUUUACGCGCUCUUUUAUCAGUUUGCUCCCUACCCCACGUAACAGGGGGGCAGUGACCAAGGACGAGGGACACAGACUCACCACCGUCACCCGCGGCCCCGCCGCCAUCCUGCCCUCCGCCAUUUAUCGCCCUGUUUUUAAUUUUUUUUUUUUUAUCUGUCCCUGUCGCUUGGGUUGAGUGGAGAGUGGAGCCUCUGUGGGGGUGUCGGCCACUGUGCCCCCCAGAGAAGUCAGGGGAAUGGAGACGGCCGCUGCCCGGCCUGGCCCCCGGGGGACGGUGGCUGGUCCCCGGGGGGUCCUGAGGGGCGGAGGAGGGGGCGGGGAGGCGUCUCUCCAGGUGUCAAGAAGGUGCUCGGUGGCCACCAAGGUGGGGCCCCUGGCCAGCCAGGCUGGCCAGGGGGGAAGGGGCUACAGAUGUGUGAGCGAAGGGCUCCAGCGGGCGGGAGCAGGUGGCCGCCUUCUGCACACUUGGGGAGGCUCCCCCCGUACCCCUCGGGAACAGCUUGCCCGCCUCCUCAGCGCCCCGUCUUGCCCCCAGGAAGCUCAGAGCUCCGCGGGGCUUCCUGGCAUCCAGGCGGGGUGAGGUCGGGUGGUAGGAGAGGCCGGGAGAACCGGGCCCUGCAGAGCAGAAGAGCUGCGUAAUUUUCUGACCGCUGGGUCGCUUGGGCCCCGAGGCCCUCGGGUCUGGUGACACGACGCGGCCACCACUCUCGGCACCUCGGGCUGUGGCAGGGACCCGGGCGGCUGGGGGCUUACCUCACCCCCGCCUCUGCCCCCAGCGCAGUCCCCCUGCACGGCAGCCCGACUAGUGAGCUAGAGGCCUGACACCUCGGGUCCCCGGUGACGGGGCUAACACAACCCAGGGGGCGGUUGUGCCAGUCCACCCCAGACACAGCGGGCAGCUCUCCGUGGGUCAGCUCCAUCCCGACCCGGGGCCCCUUCCGACCUCCGCGCCCAGCUCGUGGCCCUCCAUCCUGUCUCUUCCCCGAGUCCCCCCAGCUGUCUUCAGCGGGACCCCCUCUCGGGUCUCUGAGUCAUCACGCGAGGACCCCCACGCGCAGAACACCAAGAGUCAUCGUGUCCGCCGCCCCAUCCACCGCGCGGCUGUGUUCUCCUCCUCUUGCCCGUAACGUGCUGUUUCUGGCAGAAUCCACAGCCUGGGUUUUGUCUUUAACCUUUAUCGCUCGCAAUCCCAAUAAAGCAUUUAAAAUUA